AACACUGCAAAAUUCAACAAGAAUAUCAUCCACUCAAUAUCACCACCCACCACCACCACCACCACCACCACCAACUAUACAAAAUGUCUUCCUCCGCAACCGUCACCGUCCUCUACCCCGCCAAGGAGGGCUAUACCUUCGACAUGGACUAUUACCUCAAGACACACAUGCCCCUGGUGACCAGCAAGUGGACCUCCUUCGGCCUCAAGCAGUACUAUGUGACCGACCUGCGGAACGAGGCGCAGCCUUACUCGGUGCAGGCCACCCUGAUCUGGGACGACCUUGAGGGUUUCGCCAAGGGUGGUCAGGCGCACGGCGCCGAGGUCAUGGGGGACAUCAAGAACUUCUCCAGCGAGCAGCCCAUCAUUAUCAAGGGUGGGGUCCUCGCGUCGAAGAUCUAGAGAUGAGUGGGAGGAUGGUAUUGGCUGAGCAGCCUUCUGCUGCCCCGGGGUGUGGGGGGAGUGCGCUCCACUGUCCUUCUUGUGUGACUGGUGUCGCAGAUGUUUGGGAGAGCCGCGGUGGAUGGUCAAACACGAGAUCAUGGCGCCAUAUGUUGUUGGCUUUCACGCUGGAUCUUCGCGGUGGCUUGUGUGUUGACUUCUUCAGCUGCACCCUCAUAUGUCUCAUUUGAAAACAGAUCCUGCAAGAUUUGCC